UUUGCUUUUUUCCUGUUGUUGGUUGUCAAAUAAAGAAUCGUUAUUGUCAAAAAUUAAUUGCGCACUAAUGUAGACAAUAUAAGUUUGUUGGGGAGAAAUUUUAGUUAAACGCAAGAAAUAAAUGGCGCAAAUGGAGGGCUUGUUUCUUUUGGAGGUUUUAGUAAAUCAUAUUCGAUUUUCACCCAAUGUGAACCCUUUGCCUAGGAAAAAGGAUGUCAUGAUUUUUAUCAAAUUCAGUAAAGUAGCAGAGUUUGACUUAAAGUUCAACAGGAUAAUAAAACUCCAAUGCCCUAAAGAAGGUGAAAGAUUCUACAGCUUUGGAUGUGGAGAGACAGUACUCUUCUUUGGAAAAUGUCAAGAUCUGCUCUACAAAUUGAGAACAUGUCCUCUAAGCAUAAAAAUUUACAUGAAAGAAUAUAUUCUUGGGUCAGUUUCAAUCCCUUGGAAAGAUAAUUUUAUAAAAAUUGUCGCACUUCAUGGCUUAAGUGACGACGAAACCAUAAUUCCAGCAGCAACGACCGAUAGUUACGAUUUUUUUUUGAAUAAUGGUGAAGAUUUUAUGGGAUCAAUUGAUAUAACAGUUCGACUUUUUUGCUUACACAAGUGUAUCGAGCGCGACAUAAGAAAAAUAAUGGAUAAAGAUACGAAAAGUUCUCGUACAAAGUUUUUAUUUAAAAGCCAAGAUGAGAAGGCAACUUUCAUUGUUCAAAAAUGUGGGAUUGACGUCUUCUCAGAGACUGUACCAGUCGUGCCUUUAUAUACUCCGGGAGGCGCAGAUGAAGGUGACGAAAAAGCUUGGCAGUCUCUAUACGAAUCUGACCUGAACGAUACAGCAAGUAUAGCACCAAAUAUGUUCUUCAACGAGACUCCAGAUGCAAAUGUCAUCAAAUUAAAAAGCGACGAUGAAGGUAAAAACCUUAUAAUUACGGAAAAACGGUUUGAUUUACAAAAGGAUGAAAACGAACCUUGUACACGUACAACCGAAUCGUUGGAAAAACUACUUUGUAAAAACCCUGACUGCCCAGCAGUGAGAAAGUUUAAGGAAUAUGGCAUAGGUCCUCUGGCUACUACUAACGGUAUAGGUUGUCUCACCGGUAAAGUGGAUGUACCAUUAAAGUAUGGAAUCAGUCAAACUUACGGCGUAUUUAAAUGUUACGGCCCUUAUGGACUCCUCACGAAUGUGGAUUCACAUGAUGAAUUAAAUGAAUAUAAAGAAAGUAAAACGUUCAGUGGUAGUUGUAAAUUGAGUGAUGAUUUGUUAAAAUUACAAGGGGGAAACAUGUAUUACUCAAUACCUCUGAGAUUAAAAGGUGGUGCACCUAUUAGUGACACAAUUGCAAGAGUCGCAGAACCAAUUGCAGCCUGUAAAACAUUAAUGCAACAAAUGGACGACGUUGUAACGGCUUUUAAAGAGGCUUUAGGUCCCUGCGGUAAAGCAACUUGUCGUUUUAAUGCAAAUGUAGCUAAAGAAAGCUGUAAACAAGUUUGCGCAGCCCCAAAAGAAGACAAUGUUUGUGUACCUGAAAGUACAGCAGCCUGUGGUUCUGCAACAUGUCCGUAUACAAAGUUACGACAAGAAAAUGAAUUAGAUUAUGAUGCACUUAUGGAACUGCAGCUAAUGGAUUCCGAAAUGGUAAAAAGCUGUGGGUCACCUCAAUGUCCAUUUCCGCUGGCACCUCCUCUCGAGCCUAUUCACUGGGAGUGUCCAGAUCCAUUGCCAAAGAAAGGACAAUGUAAAAAUGUAAACUGCCCUUAUAAACCAAAAGAGCCUCCUCGUAUACCUAGAGAAGGAUUAUGUGGCAGUAAAAAUUGUCCUUAUGCUCCUCCAAGAUCUUGUGGAAAUCCAAAAUGUCCUUUCCAAAAACGAAAACCAUGUCCUUACGGCGAUGAAGAAUUGUCCGCAUGUAGCAACCCAAGUUGUGUUCUUAACAAACAAAAAAAGCCAGCUGCUUGCUCUAACCCUGUAUGUCCGAAUGCUAGCAGCAGAAAGCCUAACGUUCCUGGAAAUCCAGGUUGUCCCGGAGUACCUUCCGACGAAUGUUUCAUUCAAACAUGUGACAAUCCAGAAUGUCAAUUUAAAAAUUCAAAUGGACCUCCUUCGUGUUCAGAAGGAGUAUCUACUGCUGGUGUCCGUACGAAUUGUUCAAACUGUCCGUCUAGUAUUGCAAAAGUAAAUACGCCAACGGGCUGCCCCUGCUCUAAUAAAACAUUAAAUAAUAACAGCAAUUGUGCGCCUUCAACGCAGAACAUAAACAACGAGAACAAAGGGAAAAUUCAAUCUAAUGUUAACAAAUGUGGCUCAUUCAAUGAAUCUUUACAAGAACAAAAUGCGGGAUCCUUUGUUUGUGAUGAUCCAUGUUGCCCGUACAUAUUACCUAUUUGUUGUUGUUGCGGUAAGAUUUUCGUACCAUGCCCUCCUCCUUGUCCGCCACCACCCUCGUGUUCUCCAUGCAAGGGAGCCUGUGGAACAUGCGAAGAAUCAUGUAGUCCCUGCCCGCAACCGUGCCCUCCUCCGCCUCCUUGUCCUCCUGGUUAUCCAAUAUGUCCUGAAUGUAUGGGCUACAAACCACAGUCAGAUAACGCCAACGUCUGCGACUCCGCUACUUGUGCUGCAGCUGAUGGUAGUGCUAGAUGUACAGAAUGUAAAGGUUCCGUUCCAGCAGCCGCUGGUGACAACAUGCCAUCUAGUAAUAAAGCUCUCAGAAAGUCUCGAGAGGAAAUGACCAAAUCUGGACAAGGUGAUGAAACCAUUCGGUCUGAUAAAAAUAGAAACAGUGAAAGUAACAAGAAAAAGAAUACCACUAAUUUGACGGAGAAAAAACCAAAAAAACUGAAAAAGAAGCCGGACGCAAUUAGCGAUCGCUAUCCCGGUGUUAAAAUUGGGCAUCAAUUUUGCUGCAUGCCUGGAUUUAAAGUUCCUAGAAGGCAAGGUUGGUUAUGGAACACGUAUGUUCCAUGUGUCGGUUUAAAGUGUUAUGUCGUUAUGCCACAAUAG